AUGAAAGAGUUGACUUCCUUCGAGAAGGAGAAUCAAAAGAUUAUACUGGAUUUUCUGGACCACAUCUGGACUAACAGGCUGCUACUUUUCACCGGACCUGGUGGGACGCUGCAUGCAGGAGACGCUCAGACAUCUCCACCAUGGAAGACCAAGCUGCUGUGUGUGCUGAAGAAAGGCGUAAAGAGAAUCGCCCGCCAAGAUUUCAGGCACCAGUUUAGACUGGGGGAAGUUCCUGGAUACCCAAUGGAGCACCUACCUGUGGUCAUCUCUGAGGUGCUGGUAUUUGUGCUGUCCAACGGGCUUAAACGUGAGGACUGGCCGCGGGUGGUUUCUGAAGACAUCCAUCGCCACCUGGAGAGAUUCAGAAGCAAGGUGGUGACUCUGAGAGGCCACGCAGAGGGAAGAACCCUGCUGCCUCUUCCCCUGUGUGUGCAGAGAGCACAACCCCAAGAUAUUGGUUUUAGCCCGACUGGAUGGCCACUGGACCAUGGCUUGUUAUACUCUAUAGAAACUUUAAUAGUUCAGUGGUCUGGACAGAUCUGGAAUGUGCUUAAGAAAGACUCUGGCAUGCUUCUGCUUCAGGGAGACCACCCAGGUCCCAACGUGGAGAUCCGGUUUUGGUCCAACCAGAGGGAAAACCUACUGGGCAUCCAGUCCCAAAUCCAGAGCUCCAAAGUGGAGCAAAUCAUGGAGAUCCUGAGAAGAGUGAAGAGCAGUUACUACAAUGCCUUUAAGGAUGUCUGUGUCAAAGUCGACGACGAUCAGCAACUUAGAAGAGAGGAGUUUUUCACAGGUGGAACCUCUACUACCUCCUCUUUUCACACUUUUUGCCUCAUCUGGAGUCAUUCCCAGUACUACUGCACCCCACAGCGCAUGGUGGUACUCUUGCGAGAGUUCUCUAAUCUGAUCAUAGAAAAGGCCUUUGCGUACCUUAUUCCUGAAGAACUGUUUAAGAUGGAACUCGAGGAAGGGAUGGAGAGAGUGCAAAUAAGCAUCUCAGUUCUGCGUUCCUUCAAGGGACUGUUUCACACUUACCGUCAGCAGAUACCUACUUACUACAAGCACGAGAAGAACACCAAGUUGUGGGACUUUCCUGCAACACUUAUCUUCAAGCGUUUAGACUGCAUCAUGGAAAGGCUUCUUAUGAUUGAGGACAUUUUUGCGACCGCCCUGGACUUUCUGAAGCUGGAAAAGGUUGAACUUGGUGGAUCGAGAGGAAAAAUCUUAAGUGAGAUGGUGUUCAGCAUGAGCGAAGAGUUUCAUGACCGCUGGCGGACCCUGAGAGAGAGCAAAUACGACCCCUUUGACUACACUAAUGAUGAUUUUGUGCAUCAUCACAGGCGUUUUGUGGAGCAGAACAAAGAUUUUGACCAGAGGCUUGGGACUGUCCUCAAUUUGGCCUUUCACCACUCCAAAAACCUGAAUUCAGCCUUUAAGCUGUUGAAGAUAUUUGGCAGUCUUCUGGAGAGACGCAGAAUCCGAGAGUUGUUUUCUCCUAACUACAAUAUAUUGCUAGCCAUGUUCAACCAGGAAAUAGACCACUGUCAGGUUAUACUGGAUCAGCACAGAGAAGGGCUGCAGUCUGGUUGUGCAGUUCUGGGAAAAAACAUGCCCUCUGUGGCUGGGAACCUCAAAUGGUCGCAAGAACUCCGGAGCCGCAUCCUUACCGACAGAAGCAACUUCUGCCAGUUGCCUCACAUGCCUCUGGGGAGUGCUGAGGCAGACGAGGUGCUCAGGAAGUGUGAACAUCUUCUUGAGAUUUUGGAAAAGCAUGAUGAAGAGCUGUUUUCAGAGUGGACUGAGGGGCUGGAGGAUGUCUUACAAAUGCAUCUCAGACAGUCGCUGUUAACACUAGACAAUGAGACAGGCCUUUUCCAGGUCAACUUCAGUCCUGCUCUGACGUCUGCGUUAAGGGAGGUGAAAUAUCUGAGCAUCCUGAAGAUCCAAAACAUUCCCAAAGCAGCUCUACAUCUGUAUUCUAAGCAGGAGAGAUUAUACCUGUACACACAGACACUAACCUUAGUGGCCCAGUGGUACAACAAGCUAAAAAGCACCAUCUUGGCUGUAGAGCUGGGGCUGGUGAAAGACGAGAUGGACGGUGUGAGACAACAGCUGGAACCAGCCCUUAAGGAGCUGACUUGGGAUCAGGAUGACCUUUGGGACUACAUUCACAGUACACAACAACUGGUGAAGAGCAUUUCUAGUCGAGUCCAGAACAGCAAAGCUAAUGUUGAAGCCAUUCAGGCCCUCAUGGUUAAAAUCAGCAACCAGGCAUCAUCAUCACCAGAAAGA